CCGGGGUUCGGCCAGCAUUCGUGUUCCGUGUGUAAAGUGAACUAAGUGAAAUAAACGCAAAGCAAAAUGUCUGGACGUGGAAAAGGUGGCAAAGUGAAGGGAAAGGCAAAGUCCCGCUCCAACCGUGCCGGUCUUCAAUUCCCUGUGGGCCGUAUUCACCGUCUGCUCCGGAAGGGCAACUACGCCGAGCGUGUUGGUGCAGGCGCUCCAGUUUACCUAGCAGCCGUAAUGGAAUAUCUGGCCGCUGAAGUUCUGGAGUUGGCAGGCAAUGCUGCUCGUGACAACAAGAAGACUAGAAUUAUUCCGCGUCAUUUACAGCUGGCCAUCCGCAACGACGCACUAUGGGAAAUUUGACCCCUUUUUCUGGCC